AUGUUGCUCAAUCCCUUCCGAAUCCUCGGCGACGUCAGCCAUACCGUGUCCAAAUGCAUCUUGAUCUGGUCAAUUCAUACAAACAAGAGCGCUGAGGGCGUAUCGCUCAUCACACAAGCACUGUACUGCGUCGUCUUCAUCGUACGCUACCUGGACCUGUUCACCACAUCACCCUUCUACGACUUCCUCGCUUUCUGGAACUGCAGCCUCAAGAUCUUCUACAUAUCAACGUCGCUGUACAUUGUCUUCCUGAUGACAAGAGUAUAUGCGCGGACGAGAGAACGUGAAAAGGCAUGGAAAAUCGGCUUGUGGAGCGUACUGGGCUCUGUCGUAUCCGCCCCUGUCAUUGCUGCCAUGUUCAUGGGCAAGAGGCCAUUCACUUUGAGAUACGCUUUUGAGAUCCCCUACACGUUUACCCUGAUUCUCGAAUCGCUCUGCAUCCUCCCUCAGCUACUCCUUCUUCGCCAGACGUCGGUCCCCACCGUUAUAGACAGCUUCUACCUUGCCACUCUUGGCUCCUACCGUGCCUUCUAUAUCCUCAACUGGAUCGUUCGUGCUAUCACCGAGCAGACCCACAGCCUCAUCUUCCCCGUCAGUGUUACCUUCGGCAUAAUUCAGACUCUCUUCUACUUCGAUUUCGCUUGGGUCUACUGGUCAAGACAGCGCGUUAAGCUGCGAUAUGGCGGUGUUGUGGAUGGCGAAGAUAUCAGCAGGGGCUGGCUGAUCAGCAAGGUUAUCGGACGCAAAGGCAAUACAGCACAUGACGAAGAAGACGAGGACGAUGCUGCUCUUGCUGGCCAAGAAGAAGGAAUCAUUCGGCCCAAUGCCAACGGCAAUCGCUCCUGGGGUCCGAGAGGCAUCUCAAUAUCUGCGGACGAUGGCACUCACGAAGCCGAACAUACUCGCCUGGCUGAUCCUGCUGCGUUCGAGGACGACUACGAUUACGGAGAUGAUGCAGUCGUUGUUAGUCCUGCUGCCUCCGAGGUGGAUCGAGCUUCCAUCAAGGCCAGAGAGGAAAGCACUGCUCAGCAGGCUGGUGUCAGCGACGGUAUCGAGUGGCGUGAUGAUCGCCAUAGCUAA